GUAAUCUCGGAAAAAUAUAGCAUAUUACAGAGAUUACAUCAUGAAAUAAUAUGAGCUGGAUAUCCAUCCCGUGCAAAUACAGUUCGAAAUCUGGGAAAAUUAUAUCGUGUUAUUUUAUAUUUUUUGUAGGCCACGUCCUGCUUGAACAGACCCCGAUGAGGAGUAUUGUUUCACAGUCCAGUAUCAAACCAGGGAUUUCAUACAAUGGUGAUUUACAACUAAUAACCCUAUCAGAAGUGUAUGCUCGGAAAGAGGUAGUGAUUCAAAUCAAACAAAUUGUAGUAUAAAUUUGUUCAAAAUAAAAACUGGAUUACCCUAAUAUCUAAAUUCUUAUGUGCAACAGAUUGGGGACUUUGGGUAGCAGCUAGAAUAGUUUGCAUUGACACUGAUAGUGAGUGGUAUUAUUCUUCAUGUCGGUCAAAAUCAUGCUACAAGAAGUUGGAGCCAAAAGAAGAGUACCUCUACUGCAAAAAUUGUGACGAAACUUGGGAAGAUGGGAUGUUGAGAUAUAGGGUUAAAAUCAGGGUUUUUGACAUAAAUGGAAAUGCUCCAUUUGUCAUGUGGGACAGGGAGUGCACUGAGUUAUUGGGUAUGAGUUUCCUAGAAUUGAAACAGAAGCAGACACAGGGAAAAAAAGGUGUUCCUGCUGAGCUUGAAGCAUUGAUUGGUCUCAGGUUCAUUUUCAGAAUUGUUGUCCGAAAAGAACAAUUUCUAAACCUCCUAAAUGCAUUUUCUAUAUUGAAGAUUAUAAAUGAUGUGGAAGUGUUAGAGCGACAUGCCCCAGAGUUUAUGCAUGGAAGAAGGGAUAAAGACCUAAGCUCCAACUUGGAGUUUGAGCUUACAGUCGAUGAUUUGUCGGAGGAUGAGGUAAUUUUGUCUUAACAAUUUUUGCUAAUGCUUGGUAACUUGGUCUCUAAUCAUCGACUGUACCUAAACUCAAGCUCAUUUCCUAUGUGUAUGAUGAGGUGGAUGUCAAGCAAGCACAAAGUCUUAUGCAAGCUGUUCCUCAGAGCCUUACUGGUGAUGGUGAUGGAUAUGAAGCCGGUGCUCUCAAAAGGUCCUUAAUUGACUAAUUGUUUAGUACUCAGAAUUCCAAAACGACAUUGAGGAAUUCUCGAGUCUUCAGUGUUCCAAAACGAACAAGGAGGUUGGUGUGAAAACAGAGGAAUUGAAAGAAUUGUGAAAGACAAGAUGGUGACUGUCAAUUGAACUCUGGUCUUUUGGUUUUUAUAAGACAUUAUUCUGAACUUAGGGGGUGAAAUCAUUUGUCUACUUUAUUAGUUUUUGCCUAAGUGUUUGUUGGCUAGGUUGUAAAAGUACUUGACUUUUGUUUUAAAAUAACUGCUUUCUAUGAUAUUCCUAAU